CCUGAAGGUUGUUCUAUAUCCUUGACAAUACCAGUUCUUCAAUCGACAGCACCAUCUUGGGCUACCAAAUCCAAAAUACCGACACCAUGACACUCCCGCACGUGUCAAAUUGGGUCAAUGGCGCCCACGCUUCUUCUGCAAGCCAUCAUCUCAAAGUCAUCAAUCCCGCCACCGGUGCUGAGAUCGCCACGAUUGAUGCCACGUCGCGGGAAACAGUCGACGACAUCAUUCUCAAAUCGCUCGACACCUUCAAGAACGGGAAAUGGUCCAAAGCCGAUCCGUCAGAGCGAUAUGCCGUCCUGUCAAAAGCAGCGGUGCUCCUGCGAGCGAGGAUACCUGAAUUUGCAGAACUCGAGACUGAACAAACCGGACGACCUAUUCGUGAGAUGCGAGCACAGUUAGGUCGGAUUCCAGAAUGGUUGGAGUAUUUUGCCUCACUCGCCCGAACGCACGAGGGACGAGUCACUCCAUUCAAGGGGCCUGUCAUCAAUACAUUGACUCGAUUACCGUUGGGAGUGGUUGCUCAGAUUACACCUUGGAAUCAUCCUUUAUUGAUAGCGACCAAGAAACUCGGUGCUGCGCUGGCGGCUGGAAACGUGGUCAUCCUCAAGCCUUCAGAGAUGGCGCCUCUUUCGGUCUUGAAACUGGGUGCUCUGUUUCAAGAAGCAGGGUUGCCUGACGGAACUCUACAAAUCAUCGGUGGCUACGGCAGAGAAACUGGAAAGUAUAUCUGCGAGAACACUCAUCUUGCCAAGAUCGACUUGACGGGAGGUUUGCUGACAUACCAGGCCAUUGCCGGCAAGGCUGGGGAGAACAUGAUCCCCAUCACGGCAGAACUCGGUGGCAAGGCUCCUGUAUGUCUAUUCCCCAGCCUGGAUGUGACAUACGCCGUUAAGGCAGCCUUAUUUGCGAGUUUCAUUGCCAGUGGCCAGACCUGCGUCACAGGCUCAAGACUCCUAGUCCACAAGGACAUCUACGAGCCGUUCACCGAGUUACUAGUCAAAAGAGUCAAAGCCUUUCGUGUAGGCGACCCUAAGGACACAAAGACUCAGAUCGGGGCAGUCAUUUCUCAAGCCUCAGUGACACGAUGCACCGACUUUGUCGAGCGCGCUGCCAAAGAAGGCGGCAACGUCCUCUGCGGAGGUAAGCCCACAUCCGUCAAUGGACAAGGGUUUUUCUUCGAACCCACUAUCAUCGAGACGACCAGGGGUUCCAAUCUAUCGUGUAACGAGGUAUUUGGCCCUGUCAUUGCGUUGAUCAAGUGCGAUUCGGAAGAGGAGAUGAUUGAGGUCGCCAAUGAGACGUCCUUUGCGCUCGGUGCUUCAGUUUGGUCCAACGAUUUCAAUCAAGCACACCGUGUGGCUGAUAAGAUUGAUUCCGGAAUUGUAUGGAUCAACGGCCAUCAUUUGAACGACCCGUCUUCACCUUGGGGAGGAUGGAAGGAAAGUGGUAUGGGUAAGGAGAAUGGCAUCGAGGCUUAUGAGAGUUAUACCAAGGUCAAGAGUACGGUCAUGAACUAUGGAGUACAGCCGACUUGGUUUGAUGAUGAGAUUGAGAAUGCUCGCUAUGGUUGAGCUACGCUGAUCAUCAAGUGACGAUAAACGUGCAGAGAUCGAAUCAAGUUUGGUCACAUUUUAGGUUGUCUGAAACUGCGAUGGUCAAUCAAUGGUCUAUCUGGAUAGUUUAAUAGCCCGAAAUGAUGCCAAUGAGAGUAUCAUAGUUGGACAAGUAAACAUCAUCCAUCUUCCA